AUGGCGUUUUUAUCAUCAUCAAGAGCUCUCACCAGAGCACACACUCUCAUGAAGGUGGUCCGUCCGCGGAUUGCCACUCCGUUUGCCUCCGCUCGGUCCUUCAGCGCUUACAAUUUUUUAGGUUCUGAUUCAAACUUUGAUCGCAUGGUCGAUUUCCACUCCAAACAGUGUCCUAAUGGCGAAGCUUGUUCUAUGGUGAACCAAUUCCUGAAAGAAGGGUCAUGCAUCCCCCAUAAGGUGAUGAAGCAUGAGAAAGCAGUGUAUAUGAGGUUGGACAUGCCGGGGAUCGGAUUAAAAGGGCUGAAGGUGUGGGUUGAUGGGAACUCUCUGCACGUGAACGGAGAGGAAGAGGUGGACAAGGAGCAUGAGAGGAAGUAUCAUCCGAGGAAGUACUAUGGAAACAUCGAAAUCCCUAAGGGCUGCUACAAGGUGGAAGAUAUCACGGCUGUGUUCAAGCAUGGUGUGCUCAGGAUCAAGGUUCCGAAGAGAGAAGAAAUUAUCAACAUCAAGGUGAAUCGUCCAGCUCCUGAUAAAACGGCAAACGCUAUUUUACUGUGUCUUUAUGGGUUCUAUUGGCUGUCGCGCUAUUUUGAUAAUGGUUUUUAA